UAAAGCCCAGGCCCCAGCUGAAGGCGCACACCUCGUUAAUCUGCUUAUCUGCUGCCAGCACAGCCACGCCCGACAGGAGCCUAGAUAAGGGACAGGUCAGGGGCCACUCCCAGGUGUCCAGCAAGGCCAGGGCCCAGGCCUCACAGGCCCCUUGCCCAACUCAGGGGGCAAACGGUUUUGAUCCCCCUUCCCUGCACCACACCGGCAAGGGUCAUUUUGGAGCCUGGUCUAGAUACAAAACAGUGGCCCUGGGAGAUGGCCACUGUCCACGUUAGUGGCCAGGGAAGUGUCCAUGCCUAGGAGGGGAAGCCAGGGAGUCUCCAACAUGGAUCCCCUCUCUAGUCUCUCAGCUAUGGCAAGGUCCAGCUCUGAGCUGAGUGGCAGGCCUGAGGCAGAUGACACUAGACCUCGGUGUCCCUGUCACACCCUGAUCCCACCGCCUGCCCCAUGUCCGCUCAGGGCCAGGCCCACCAGCCUGAGCUCGAGGUACCUGCAUCAGGGGGAGGUGAGAGCCGAGAGGGGAAGGUGCUCCCAGGCUGCCAGAGGCCUGGACCCCGGGAGGCAACCCCCAGCCCCCUCCAGACCAAGGCCACUGAGCACUGAGCCUGCGGGACUGGCCAUCCUCCCAGGGGAGCAGCUUUGCCCAGGGUCACACCGCACCCCCGCAGCCCAUGCUGACCGCCGCCCCAGGAGGGUGCAUGGCUCAGCACUGGGCUGCCGUGCCUCUGCAGCUCAGUCUGUCCAUCUGUCCCUCCAGUGGCACCCCGAGAGUCCACACUGAUUCCUGCCUGGAAACCUCAGGAACCCAGACCUCAGGUGGACCUCAGAGAGCUCAGAGAGCCAGUGUGGCUGGGCAGUGGGACACGUGUAGGGACGCAGGGGGCACAUGGUCGGCAGAACCCGUCACAGCUCAGCAGGCACGGGCAGCCAGAGGCACCCUGUCAGAAGCCUCCCUCGGGAGAUGACCAGGGGUGGACAGUGGGCCUGGACUGGGGAGGCGAAGCACAGGGUGGGGGUGGGCCCUCAGCCCAGGCCUUGUUCUCGGGACCCCAGGCCCCUUCCCCACUAGUGCCCUGCUCCCUCCUGGCUCCUGCGGGCUCCUGGACGCAGCAGGCCCUGGCUGGGGGCAGGUCUGCCUGCCCGACUCACUUGUGUUCCCGUGUGAACAUCUGGAGCAGCAGGCAACCCAGGUCCAGGACAGCAUGGACAGGCCCUGGGCAGCUGGCCAUGUGCUUUCCUCAAAUACUGGCCACAUGCACGCGGCGUCCUUCACCCCCGGUGCUCUCGACCCAUUGGACCUGCGUCCAGAGGCCCCUCUGCUACCCGCCCUGCUUUGUGUGGGAGUGAAGCCUGGUGGGCCUCUGGUUGGCAAGGCUGGGGUGCCCCAUGACCCUGUUGAACCCUCAAGUGGUGGGCGGGGUCAGAGCCUUGGAGGACCACAGAGCUAGGCCCCCAGGGACCUCCCAUGACUCCAGGAGCCUCUGCCAAGGUCCAAACCAGAGUUGUCACUUGCUGAGGCCAGGAGUGAGGAAUGUCCUUGGGGUGAGAGACAGGGCCUGUCACCCUGGACACAGGGCCACCCGCCCUGCUACCCCCACCACACUGCCCCACCACAGGCCAGCCUGGGGUUGGGCAGCUUGGCCACUGCUGCUGCAGGGGUGGUGUCUGCCUCGCUCACUGGCCCCGGGGGACUCUGUCUUCGUCAUGGGUCACCCAGGGCCAAGCGGGGGUAUGUGAGUGGCCCCCACUUCCUUCUUGCCUUUGUCAGCGUCUCAGCUGGGGGUCCGUCUCAGCUGACCUGAUCCGGCGUGUGGGGCACACCGCAGAACCAAAGGGCCCGCCUCCUGGCACCGAGGUCCAGGCAGACCGUAAGCCAGGUUGGAAGCUCAGCUGGCACAGGCCUUGGAGGCAGGGUCUGAGGGCGGCAAAGCGGGCGGCCACCUCAGCUCAUGGCCACAGGGCCUCUGUCACGUCCCUGGACAGAGAUGUGGAACUCAGGACAGAUACCCUGGCCCAAAACACUGCUGUCCCUGGGGUGAGCAGAUUUGUCCCAUGCACAGCCAGCUCGGGGGGCUCCAUUCCCAGGACCUUGGGGUUAGAUGCCAAGCGGGUGAUUGGACAGGGUGCCCAGCCACGGACUGUGUCCCCCUGGACAGUGGGGAAGGCUGCUGGCCGGCUGCAGAAGGGGCUUGAGGGUCUCAAGCCCAGCGGCCUUCUCCCAGGUGGGGUCCUUGAGGAGGUGCACGGGCAGGCAAGGCGGAGACAGCCCUGCACUCCCGAGCAGCUCUGGGAAGCCAUCCAUCGGUCUUACCCUCUCCAAGGCCUGCCAACUCCCAGCAGCAGGGGACACUGCCCACUGGGACUCCUUCUGUCCCUGUCUUUAUGUGGAAGUGAACAGUAACUCUCAGGUAUAUAUUCUCUGUCUACCAAGCCAGCGGUGCCACCUGUCUGCCCUGAGGUUCUCAGAAAGCAAAUGCUAUGCAGAGGAGGCCAAAUGGCCCCAGGUGGUUCCUGGUAGAUGUGACGAUGACCUUGUCUUGGGACAGGCCCUCAGUAAGACACUGUCUGCUCCAAACCACACCAUCACAGUCCCAUAUCCACAUGAGGGCUUCCAUGAGGGAGCAAAGCAUAACGUGGCCUGGAUCAAGCUCAGGAAUCCCAGGACACCCAGCUCAGGAGACCCCAGAACACCCAGCUCAGAAACCCCCAGGAUAUCAGCUCAGGAGACCCCAGGACACCCAGCUCAGGAGCCCACAGGACACCCAGCUCAGGAACCCCCAGGACACUGAGCUCAGGAGUCCCCAGGACACCCAGCUCAGGAGCCCCCAGGACACCCAGCUCAGGAGCCCCCAGGACACCCAGCUCAGGAGCCCACAGGACACCGAGCUCAGGAACCCCCAGGACACCCAGCUCAGGAGCCCACAGGACACACAGCUCAGGAACCCCAGGACACACAGCUCAGGAACCCUCAGGACACACAGCUCAGGAGCCCCCAGGACACACAGCUCAGGAACCCCCAGGACACACAAGUCAGGAGCCCCAGGACACCCAGCUCAGGAACCCUCAGGACACCCAGCUCAGGAGCCCCCAGGACACACAGGUCAGGAGCCCCAGGACACCGAGCUCAGGAGUCCCCAGGACACCCAGCUCAGGAACCCCAGGACACACAGGUCAGGACUCUCCAAGGCACCCAGCUCAGGAAUCUCCGGGACACCCAGCUCAGGACUCUCCAAGACACCCAGCUCUGGAGCCCCCAGGAAACCCGGCUCAGGAGCCCCCAGGGCUCACAGCUCAGGAACCCCAAGGACACCCAAUCAGGAGUCCCAGGACACCCAGCUCAGGAGCCCACAGGACACCCAGCUCAGGAACCCCAAGGACACCCAAUCAGGAGUCCCAGGACACUCAGCUCAGGAGCCCCCAAGACACCCAGCUCAGGAGCCCACAGGACACCCAGCUCAGGAGCCCCCAGGACACCCACUUCAGGAGCCCCCAAGACACCCAGGUCAGGAGCCCCCAGGACACCCAGCUCAGGAGCCCCCAGGACACCCAGGUCAGGAGCCCCCAGAACACCCAGCUCAAGAGCCCCCAGGACACCCAGGUCAGGAGCCCCCAGAACACCCAGCUCAGGAGCCCCCAAGACACCCAGGUGAGGAGCCCCCAGAACACCCAGCUCAGGAGCCCCCAGGACACCCAGCUCAGGAACCCCCAGGACACCCAGCUCAGGAGCCCCCAGGACACCAGGGGGUCAGGAGCCCCCAGGACACCCAGCUCAGGAACCCCCAGGACACCCAGCUCAGGAGCCCCCAGGACACCCAGGUCAGGAGCCCCCAGAACACCCAGCUCAAGAGCCCCCAAGACACCCAGGUCAGGAGCCCCAGGAAACCCGACACCCAACUCAGGAGCCCCCAGGACACCCAGCUCAGGAACCCCCAGGACACCGAGCUCAGGAGUCCCCAGGACACCCAGUUCAGAAAUCCCCAGUACAUCCAACUCAGGAGCCCCAGGAAACCCAGCUCAGGAACCCCCAGGACACUAGCUCAAGAGUCCCGAGGUCACCCAACUCAGGAACCCCCAGGACACCAGAUCAGGAGACGCCAGGACACCCAGUUCAGAAAUCCCCAGGACACUAGCUCAAGAGUCCUGAGGUCACCCAGUUCAAAAAUCCCCAGGACACCCAGCUCAGAAGCCCCAGGACACCAGAUCAGGAGCCCCCAGGACACCGAGCUCAGGAACCCCAGGACACCCAGCUCAGGAGCCCCCAAGAAACCCAGCUCAGGAGUCCCCAGGACACCCAGCUCAGGAGCCCCAGGAAACUCAGCUCAGGAACCCCCAGGACACACAGCUUAGGAGUCCCCAGGACACCCAGCUCAGGAGUCCCCAGGACACCCAGUUCAGAAAUCCCCAGGACACCCAGCUCAGGAGUCCCCAGGACACCCAGCUCAGGAGCUCCCAGGACACCCAGCUCAGGAACCCUCAGGACACCCAGCUCAGGAGUCCCCAGGACACCCAGCUCAGGAACCUCCAGGACACCCAGCUCAGGAACCCCCAGGACACCCAGCUCAGGAACCCUCAGGACACCCAGCUCAGGAGCCCCCAGGACACCCAGCUCAGGAGCCCACAGGACACCCAGCUCAGGAGCCCCCAGGACACCCAGCUCAGGAGCCCACAGGACACCCACCUGGGAGUUCCUGAGGCCGCCACCCGGCUCAGGGUUAGGGCCCACCGACAGGGCCCUGUGGAUGACGCCCGGGGCUCAUGAGGAGCAGGCCCUGCCCACCCAACAGGCCCAUGCAUAGGACUUUCCAGCCUGCCGCUAUCCAUGUGUGGACAUUGAAGAGGCCUCUGUUGGCCCUGUGGGUUGACCUGGCACAGGUGGGAUUCCUGCCCAUCCUGAAGGCUCUUAGAUGAGCAACCACCCUGCCCCUCCUUGGGACAGCUGUGGCUGAACGGUGAGUCUCAUCUGGCUCCUAGGACUGUAAUGAGGUACAGUACAGUGAAUGGCCGUCCCCAAAAGAUAAGCCCAAAUGCUGACCUCUGAUCCUGUGGGUAUUGCCUUCUGGGGGAUAUUGGCAGGUGUAGAUCCCAAAGAUCACCUGGCGGGUGGGGGCUAAAUGCUAGGACCAGUGUCCUUACAAGGGAAGGGCAGACAGGGAUUCGGGACUCAAAAAUCAUCAGAAGAAAGAAGACAAUUGAGCCCCCAGAGGCUGGGUGAGUGACGAGUUCCUGCCGGGAGCCGGGGGACGGACCCUUCCACCUCCUGAGUCCGAUGGAGGCCUCCUGGACCAAGAAGACAAAUUCCUGUCCUUUUCAACCACCAGUUUGAGGUCAUUUGUUACAGCAGACCCAAGAGACAUGCAGUAGCCAACGCACUGAAGACCCAGGAAAGGCUGUAGGGUCCACUAGAGCUGAGACCAUGUCCGAGUCCCUCCUGGGCACAGCCUGCCCCCAGCAGGCAGACAGCUAAGAGUGACAGAAAAAUGCUCCUCCACGCAGACCCAGAAAGCUUGAGCCCUGAACCCAUGUCCAGAUCACCCCUGAGCAGAGAGCAGACGCAGGGCCCUGUCCUGGGGAGGUGCGUCCUCUGACCCUGGACAGGUAUGAAGAGGCAGUAAGUCUGGGAAAAGUUGGCUUGGGCAGCCUGGGUGUGGCCUGCUUGGCCCUUGCUGGCCACACUGCUCUGUGCUGUGUCCUGAGUGUCCCCUCCUCCCUUUCUCUGCUGAGGGGUGGGAUGGUCCCAGAGCUCAGAGCUUGUGGAAUUGCUGUCCCUAUCCUCCAGCCCUCCUACUGGCCAGAACAGGAGCCCAGUGUUGUAAACAGGGUCAGGCUUCCAGGAGGAGACUGGCAGGACGGGAGUGAGAGGUCAUGGGGAUGGGGCAGAGGGCUGAAGACCGAUGGGCAGCUCAUGUCCACAGACAAAGCCCCGUGUGGCUUCUCAGCUGGGUAGGGCAUGGAGGUCUGGCUGGAUAGCCUCAGCACCACCAAGUGGACCCCAUGAAGAGCAGGAAGGGGGACAGAGUUGAGCAGCACAUCAGGUGCUCUGCACAGUUGGUCUCUAAGACCCCUUGAGCCAAGCUCAGGCAGUCUCCGUGUUGCUGGUGACCCCAGUUAUGUCAAGUACCCCUCCCCACUCACCCCUGGCCCUGCUGUGACUUUCCCCCGAGGUGGCUCUGCUCAGGAGAUAUGAAGUGACCAGGGCCUUUGGGGCAGUGACCACUGGUCCUGGUGCCCAGCAUGCUGUCCUGGGCCUGGCCACAUGGGCCAGGAGACUGCCAGGGGUGCUUGGUGGGCAGGGCCAGGUCUGCCUGGCUGUGCCAAAGCAGUUCAGAUCCUUCCCAUAGGCAGCUCCAGCCCCACCCAGCAGGGGACAUAGCCCCAUCCUUGGGGCAGCCACCUGCUGACCUGGGUGUGAGCUCAUGGGUCACUGACAUGUGCUCAGUCCUUACAAACCUGCCUUUGCACAGUCCUGUCCACACACCAUCAACCAUCACCCCGAAAGGCAGAUACCACCAAGUAUCCCUCAGCUGCCGGAAGAACAGUCAAGACGUGGUGCAGCCGGGCAGCUGGAUGCUACUGGGCCUCCAAAGGGAAGGCCGUCCUGACAUCUGCUGCCAGCUGGACGGACCCCAGGACACUGCGCCUGGUGAGAGGGGCCAGGCAGCAGGACAGACACUGCAGAAUCCCGCGGGGCCCUGCAGCCCUCAGGUCCACAGAGACAGAGAGCCUAGGGGCCGGGGCUGGAGGGCGGGAGUCAGGCCAGAGGGACAGAGCUUCAGACGGAGGAGAUGAGGACGCCCUGGAGGUGGGAGGGCCACAGCAGGUGAGUGUGCCCAGCGCCCAGGGUGGGGCACUGCACGUGGUCAGGAUGGGGUUGUCUCCCACCUCCCUCUGUUCAUACUGUGUUUUGUAACGUGGUGAACUUCGCAGUAGAAUUUGCCACCGUGACCACACGUAAGGGCCACGUUCAGCUCUGUGGCUCCGAGUGCUCAAGCUAUGCCGCCAGCUGCACCCACGGAGCCUGACCCAUGCGUCCAAGCAGAGCCCAGGCUACAUCUGAGCUGCGGGACCAAAUCCUGAACUUCAUGGAGGAGUCCAAUGAGAGGACCAUCCAAAACAUGGUUCCGCCAGCCUUCGGCCGACAUGUGUCACGCCCAAGACAGUGACGGGGACAUCAUGAGGAACUGACAGGGGAGCAAGAGAGGAAGAGGGAGGGCAGACCUGCCCCCCGGGGCUGCAUGUGAGUGGGGUCACGGAGCCUUCCCUGACCUACUGCAGACAGAAGCCUGCAGGCCAUGCGUUCUGUCUCUUAUUCAGCAAAUAUUUACUGAGCUCUGACCACACACCUGUGCCACUGUGCCCUUGGAGAGCCUCACUGGGUGCUGCAGGCAGAGCCCGCCGGCUGACCCACAGACUGUCCAGGACGGGCCAGGCAGCUUGGCAGAGGGGCCCCGGGGCAGCUCAGCACCAGCCCCUGUGCCACUGCUGCUGCUGCAGGUGGGUCAGUGGCAGCUGCUCCCUUGGGGGCACCUGGAGGACAGCCCAGGGAUGACAAGGCACUGCACCCUCGGGGCUAAUCCGGGUCUCCUCCAGCUCAGGUCCAGUGGUUCCGGGUUCCCUGGGGAAGCCUGAGUCAUGGGCCUGCAGCCCAGCAGGGUUCUUGGGUCCGUGAGCCGUGUACCUUGGCACCAGUGCCAGCAAAAGACGCAUUUAUUCACAGAAAAGGAAAAUAUCUUCUCCGGUCACCCUCCUCCCUGGGAAAACAGACGCCCAGGUUAUCUCCCCUGGGCAUGGGAACGGGCCUGGGCGCAGAGGUCAGGCCGUGGGAAGGAGGACUGCUGCAGUUGACCAGUGUCUCUGGAGCCGUGCUGAUCCAGGCCAAGAGGGGGCGAGGUCAGGGGAAGCUGAGGGCAGCAGAGGGCCCUUCUGAUGGACACACUUAAGGACAACACCCAGAACUGGAGCUGAGUCCUCGGCUGUCCAUCCCCCUCCAGGUGGCAGCCCUGGCCCAGGAGCAGGGAUGCCCCCGUGAGUGCCACGGGUGUCUGGGCACCAUGUGGACUGGGAUUCUUAGUCCACUUGUGGCCACGCAGGAGGCAGGAGGGCCAUGCUCACUCAGCAAUGCCAACCAAGGCCCAAGAGCAGGUGCCAUGGCGCAGAGCAGACAGGGCUGCCCUCAGCCACCUCCAAGGCCUGCCCAGCUUGAGGGACUCCAACCGGAGGGCCUUGGGACACUGCCCAGCUGCCCCCCAGGGCUGUCCUAGUCUGGGGACUCUCCCUCGUCCAGCAGACACGGAGCUGUGUCAGGGCCCCACCCAGGGUGGGAGGAUGCCAGUGGGAGAUGGACCCAGGCCCCUCAGCUCAUGUGAGAGAACGGUCAUCAGGCAGUGACCACACAGCCAAGGGCCAGGUGAGGAGCAGGUAGGGGCAGCGGGGGUCUGCUUGGUCCUGGGAGUGGGGACAGCACUGAUGAGGUGGCCGUGGGUGCCGGAAGGAAAAGCGGGGUCUCUGCAGAUGAGCCAGAAAGGAAGCCGUGGGCUGACCUCCGGGAGGGCCAGGGCCGCGGGCAGCAGGCAAGCUCCUGUCCAGCACCGUCAUGCAGGCCCCAGAGGCAGGGGCCUCCCUGGGAGGCGGAGGCCCAACCUUGCUGAGGGGGUACCUGGGAGGACGGUGCCUCUCAGCCCCCGAGCCCCCAUGGACCCCCAGACUCGAGACCUCACUCACACUCUGCACGCUGGUGGGAGCUCCGCGUGGCAGGCGCGAACCAGGUUCCUGGCUCUCGGUCUACUGCUCCUGUCACCCUCGAGGCUGCCACAGUCAACUCAGCUCACGUGGCCAAGCCGGGUCCAGGGCCAGCACUUGCCCUCACAGCCCGGCAGGGCAGAGCCACGGCCUGCUGAACAGGAGGAGCCCUGCCUGGAACUGAGGGCCCACCUCGGGGCGGGGGAACGGGGCUCCAGCCCAGGGCCUGAGCCUGUGGCCCCGUGAGGCCGUGACCCACCCUCCACAGGGUGCCCCCAGCCCAGCGGUCCCCUCCCAUGGUGGGCCUUUCCUCCUCCGUCAGUCACCACGUGGGGUCCCCGACCACACUAUCCCCUGGCCCCCACCGUCCCCCAGACAAGCAAGGCCCAGCCACUGGCCCUGCAGGAUGCUGCCCCCUUCUGCUCCAGAGGACUCCAAGCCAGCAGCGUCCACGUGAGGGAGGGCACACCUAAGGACGUGUGGGAAUACUGGAGGCAGGAGGGCAGGGGGCGGGGACCCGCGCCCCCCAGACAACGUGGCCAGGCCACGCGGGCGCACCUUGUUUGCACACAGGGCUGGCCCAGCUGCCUGUUUGGCUAUGGGAUUUGUGGGGUUUCAACGAAGCUCUAAUGACCAGGUGCUGGUCAGCGCCCAGGCUGGUGGGCAGUGGGGAGCUUCCCACCUGCACUGGAACUCAGUGCAGUCUCCCUUGAGCACCCAGGAGGCCCCCCCACCCAGAGCCCCACCCCAGAGCCAGCGCUGGGGUCCACCGGAGCCUCCCCAUGCUGGACGCUCAGAGCCCCUCAGGGAGGGCCCAGGCCUGGCUGCACCCAGUGGCCCCUGGCAGCUCUCUCCAGCCCCUGCCACCCCACCUUCUUUCUCUCAGCCCCUGGCAGAUUCUUCCAGAAUCAUGGGCUUCCCCAUUUCCCUCCCCUGAUUGGUCCCACUCAGCUGGACACCCAGUGGCCCUCACCCUGGCCACCCACCAUCCUCCUCCCUUAUAGCCUCACCGCCCUCCUCCACCAGCCCCGACCCUGCUCCAUUCCUGGAAUGUGCCUGGGGUCCACUCUAUGCCCAGCCCUGGGAGCUGCCUGGAAGCCCUGCCUGCCCCUACUGGACCCUGCAUUGCCAACCCUGUCCACCCCAGGAGGAGGAAGGUUGUGGAUGACCAGUGACACCACAGCAGCCUUUACACCGGGCCUCCCCCUUCUCGGCCCCCACGAGGCCUCGGUGCACACUUGUGCUGGCCAGGGCUUCCGGGUCCAGUCUCUGUCAGCGCCUUGAGCUUCCCCUCUCCCACGCUGUUCACCCACCAACCAGGCUCUGGGACUCGGGGUGCAGGGCACCUGCUGAACUGGCUGCUGCCUGCACGGAGCUGCUACAGGCCUGAUUUGGGAGCAGCCCAGUGAACCUCCACGUACCCUGGGGGCCAGGCAGGCAGCCUCCAGAGCGUGCCAGACAGCCUGGCCUGGAGGAGGCCCAGGCCCCCGUGGGGACUCCGUGCAGGCCGCAGCAGCACCUCCCAGUGGCUGCCCGAGUGUGGCUCAGCCCCUGGCUUCUCCACCGACCAAGGCGGCAAAGGAGAGCACAAGAGCCCAAGGGCUACCUGCACCUCUGGUGUCCCCUGCACCUGCAUGGCGGGGGCAGUUAGCAGACCAGAGAGACAAGCGGCUCUGUCCCCCGAGGAGACAGCGAGGCCACCUGGGGGACUCUGCUCCCUCAACCCGCGGGGAGCACAGGACGCCACAGCCCCCACCCACACCAACCCUGCAGGAAGGAGGGACCCCAGGCAAGACGGACCUCAGGGACGAGAAGCAGAGAGAGAGAGAUGGAGAGGGAGACACAAUGCAGAGACAGCCAGGAGGAGAGACCACAGCGGAGACAGAGACAGAGAGACAUCAAAACAGAGACAGCUGCAGAUGAGGACUGCCGCACCUGCUGCCCACGUCCACAGCAGCCAGGAGGAGGCAGCAACGAGGCCUCACUAAGUUGCCAGUUGCUGAGGCUGGCCUUCAACUUACAAGCCUCAUGCCUUAGCCUCCCGAGUCCCUGGAAUGACAGACGUGGCCACCACACCUGGCUGAGCAGUGACAUUGUUAAAGCGCUGAAAGAACUUUGAGCCCAGGCCUGAAGUCCAGGCAAGGUGCUGGCCUGGGAGACUCAAAACCGAUGCUCCAGCAGGCAUCCAGGGAGGACCCCACACGGGAGCACGUCUGAGAGGCUCUGCAGCGUCCGCAGGCAGGGCAGGAAGACACCUCCGGGAAGUUCAGCCGCCCUCAGAAGAGGCCGGGUAAGAAGGCGGCCACGGGAGCCACCGCACACUGGCAUUGGGCCCUGCACCCAGCACCACACAGGCAACUGGGGUGGGGGGGAGCUGCCUCUGCCUUCAGAUGCCCUCCGGCUGCUCCUGGGGGCCUCUCCGCCCUGCACCUGGGGAAGAGCUCCCAUGGGCUCCCGGGCAGGGCUGGGACUGGGCCACACGGGCCACAUGGUCACUGUGGAGUUGCCACUUCCCUGUCACAGCCACCGGGGAAGUGGCAGGAGAGGGACAGCCGCACCAGCGGUGGGGCGGGGGGUAACCAGCCCCAGAUGGCACCCUGCACCCCUGGCACACGCUUAUCUGGCUUAUCAGUGAGUUGACCACAGCUCACGCGGGAAGGCGCACAGGAAGUCCUUUCCAUCGCUGGGUAAACUUCCGUGGCCUGGAGCGUGGCCAUCCCCCGACACCUGGCCAGGAAGGCCCCGAGGUGCCUACGUCUGGCAGAGGGUGGCCGUCCUGCUCCGGGCUCUGCUUGGGCCCCGUGCCGUGGGUCGGAGGCUCUGGGGAGCUGCACUCUGCACAGCGCACGCUCUGCCCACCACCAGAGACCCCCAUCCUGGGCUACUUCUCAGGCAGGGCCUGAGGCCUGCCACCAUGUGGGCUGGGUCAGGAUGGCUCAGGCUGGUGUCCAGGUGGCACUGGGGCUUUUGGUCUUCGUGUGAGGUGUGGGGACACUGGGCGGCAUGGGGGACAGGUACCCAUAAGCACAGGGGCCAACAGGGCCUUGGUGCAGGCCACACCAACUUAUUCUGUGACUGACUGUCCUGCUGUCCAUGUGGGCAGCCUGCCUCAUCCCCUGGUGAGGGCAACUGGUCGGGGGCUGUGCCUGGCCAACUGACCCGUGUGGCUCCUGUUUCUAAGCCCAGACUGAGGCCAGUCACUUAGGCCGUGGCAUUGCAAGGGCCUCAGAGUCAAUGAGGGCAGCCAGACCAAGUGGUGAGCCAGGCUUGGGUGCCCGUCUCUCCCUGGAGGCCCCUGAAGCCACAUGUCAGAGCCCUGGGGGACACAGGCUCUUGGUUCACUGCCCACCCUGCAGAGCAGCAGCCAGGCUGCUCUUGUGACGUUGGGCCACAGAGCCACCUCCCCUGCCCAGGGAGUGUGAGGACACCUGGGUGACUCACUGGCCAUGUUAAGCAGGGUUUCAGGGCCCACAGGAUGGCUCAGUGGCAGCCCCUGAGAUGAGAGGACGCAGGGAGGAGCCCCUUCAGCCCAGGACCAGGACCGCUCUUGCUGGCCUGGGCAGAUGGGCCGCCCACCCGGAGGAGGCCGGGGAAAUGCCCAAAUGCUGUGCAAGGGCAGGGUGGGCUUGGUUCAGGCUGAAAACUGCCAGGAAGCAGAGGGAGGGGAGAGGGAGGCAGGGUGGCUCUACCGGCUGGCUGCCCAGCAGGUGGUCAGCACCCUGAGACUGGAAGCUGGGAACUUGCGGAGCUCAGGAGUAAUGCUGUGCAUCCAGGCAGCCUCUGCUGUCCAGGGCGUGAAGGCCAUCAUCCUCUGAGGUCAUAGCAGGGUCCCCCGAGCCAGCAGCCUAGGGCUCUGCUGACCCGUCCACAUUAGAUUAAGGCAAGAGUCAACUCCUGAGACCGUGGCUUGGAUGUCAGGGAGGGGAGCAAGGCUGAUCCACACCCCUGCUCCGCCCAGUCUCCGGAGGAGUGGACGGGAAUGCCAACAGCAGCAACUAGCAAGCUCCACGGUGCAGAAGUCGGCCCUGGACGCUGAGGCAGUACUGACCAGUGCUUCCAGAGUCCAUUGCCCCACACCCAGGGCUGGAGGUCGCAGAUCAAGGGGCCUCGGGCUGAAUCUUCUCCCUGGGUCCUUGCCGGGUCCUGGGCCUGCCCUGUUCUCCCUUCUUAGCAGAACACCUUGGUGUGGGAUUACACCACCCCCGUGCCCCCUCAGCUUUAUCCCCCCUAAGAACCUGUCUCCCAGCCCAGGGGGGAGGCUCCAAGAUGCAGACGUCGUGCAGGAGACCCGGGCAGCCGCAUCAGUCCACCAGAGCAGAGUGGGAGGCCAGGGUGGCCGGCGGGAUCCUGCCAGGUAGGUCCCAACUGGACACUGUCCAUCCUGUAAGCCUUCCUGGGCCUCCUCUCCAAGGUCUGCCUGGCCCCGCAGAGGCUCUAGGGGCCAGUCACACCACUCCAGGGGCAAGGUGCUCGGAUCUGGCAUCUGGUCACUGGCCAGGGCCUCAGCCAGGAUGGCUCAGUCCAGGGGGGAGUCGUCCUCAGGGGAACCAGGGCCCAGAGAGCGACAGGCCCUUGCCCAGGUGGGGGGGGCUCGGCGCUCCAGCCGCGUGGCUGCAGCGCCCGUGGCCCAGGCUUUUCAAGAUGAGCCGUCUCAAGCACCCCAAGGAACAGAGGAGGGCAGCACGCACCCCACCUACUGACCACGCAGCACUCACCACAUUAGCACACCGCCAGUUUUCCUUUGGUAAAUCAGAGGUCCCAGCAAAGAUGGGGCACCCCGCCCGUCCUCUGCGGAGGCAAGGAGGUCCUCAGACAUCUUCACGCGCCUGCCACAUUAGUAUUGGAAAGGGGUCACUGCGCAGGCCGGCCGAGUCCGCAGGGGCCACUGUGCCCGAGCUUGGGCGCUCUGCAGCGCCUCCAGGAGCCGGAGACGUGUGGACUCGACGGGUUGGCUCUGCUGCUGGCCACUUGUGUUCCCAGUGGUGGAAACUGAGUAACACAAGACACUCUGGACACUGGUCGUCAAUAAUCACAGAACACGUGGAAAUCAUCUUUUUUCACUUCCUGGCUUAUAUUUUUACCUCAUCACAUUGAUGGUUUUCAAACACAAUUUCUCCAGUGUAACAUAGUCAAAUGCAUCAGUCUCUAAUGACUUGUGGUUUUAGUGAUUCCAGGUCUCAGUCUACUUUCAGAUGCUACAACAAAAUACCCAAUGCUGGGUAGGAACUUUAUAAAGAAAGAAAAGGGGUUUAGCUCACAGUUUUGGAGGCUGAAGUCCAAGAUCAAGCAGCUGCAUCUGUUCUGCCUCUGAUGCGGCCCCAGCUGCCUCACAGCACGGCCGGAAAGCAGGAAGAGACACGGUGCAAGGUCAAUGAAAAAAAAGCUUGUAUUUACAGCAGAAAACCCAAGCUGGAAGCAGGAUGGAACAAAACCCCACUAAAACAGCCACGCAACCUGUGCAGAGCCCCAAGAGGCAAGUGGCGACGUCAGGCCGUCCUGAGAAGACGGCGGCUGUGCGAGAGGGCACUGACCCCGGGGCUGGCGGGUGAGUGCCCCUCGCUCUGCAGCAACCCCUCAGCGGGGCCUCCUGCCAGCCCUCCUGGCCCCAAGGCCACACGUGGACACUGCGUGUUUCUCUCGGGGUUCCGCGGUCUCGUUUUCACAGUUCACUGUUUAGAGGGCCUGGUCCUUAGGACAGCGGCGUGCUCUCCGUGUGGACCGGCUCCUGACCCUGCGCCUGGGCCAGCUGCCUGGGGCACGCCUGCGCCUUGCUCUUCCACACCCUCGGGCUCCUCGCAGACUUUUGGACCAGCUGCCAAGCCCCAGGGAAGACAGGGGCCGUGAAGACGUCUCACCGGGUCCCUGGAGCUGGCCACAGAACCCGACCUCAGGUUCCGAGGCCGAACCCCGCCCCUCCCAGCAAGGCCUCGGGUCUUCUCAGGACGCGGGGUCUGGCUCACUCCUGGGGUCUGCUCGGGUUUUGCGGCUCUCUUGGUGGUUUCCCCAUCACACUUGCACUUGGCGCACUGGUGAAGAUAGAUGGGCCUUCUGUUUGGUGGGCUGGUUCUCCUCCAUGAGUCUCACUGGGCCCAUGCCAGCCCUCUUACUGCCUCCACAGCAGAGCCUCAGACAGACCCUCUCCUUCCCGUCCUGAGGUCCGUCGCCUCUCUUCUUGCUUUAUUGCCCUUAGCAAAGACUGAGAGCACACGGCUGCAGCGACCUGUUCCCAACUGCCUUGGGAAGGGCAGAGGCCCCAGGGAGCCCGUGUCGCUGUGAAUCCUUGGAAGAGGCCCCUCCUCCUGUGAGGGACGCCUGCUCCCCCUGUGGGUCCCUUGGUCCUGUUUUGCCUCCACUAAGAUCAGCGCAGGGCAGAGGACCGCAAGCUUCCCCCUGGGAGCCUGAGGCAUUGUCCUGGGGAUUAGGUUAAACACACCUGUCAGCCAGGCCCAGUGACACUCACUGCCACCCCAGGAUCAUAAAUCUGAGGUCAGCCUAGACAACUUAGCAAGAUCCGUCUCAAAAAUAAAAAUUAAAUUACAUUUAACUUAAAAAUAAAUGCACAAGUAUAUUUAGUAGCUCCUGCCACACCCAAAAAAUGUGUGAGAUGAUAGAUGUGUCAGUCUACUUCACUAUGGUGACGUUUUAG